AUGGAUGACACUGAUACUCACCCCAGCUCGGCUGGUGUCGGUGCUGAUGACAACGAAUCGCUAAAGAUACCGAGGCUUUACCAAGCAGAGCUGUUAGAGGAAGCCAAGAAGCGGAACAUCAUCAUCCGCGCCGAUACCGGUACCGGGAAGACGCUUGUGGCCCUCAAUCUCAUUGUGUGGACGGCCGCCCAGACAAAGCUGAGCCUUGACGAACAUCGGAUCCAGGCCUUCCUCGUCCCUACUCGUCGGCUCGUCCAGCAGCAGGCAGAGUACAUCCAGAGACAAUCCACCCUCCGCGUCCAAACCUAUAAUGGCGUCUCGUCAGACCUUCGGAACGUUGAUAAAUGGCGCUCGGCACUGAACGAGGUCGACGUGAUCGUUUCAACUGCUCAGAGCUUCUAUGACUUGAUUUCAAAGGGAUGUUGGAAAUUCGAGGAUAUAUCCUUGCUGGUUUUCGAUGAGGCUCAUCAUUGUCGUAAAAAUCACCUGUACAAUCAAAUAAUGCAGAGUUAUUACCAUCGUCUGGCCAAAGAUUCCACACAGCGCCUACCCAAGAUUUUGGGAUUGACAGCAUCGCCAAUCUGGAACUAUACGAACUUGGAAAAGGCGGAAAAAGAUAUAAAGACCCUUCAGAGCUCUCUUGCAGCCCAAAUUUAUGAGGUCAAGAGGCACAUCGAAGAUGUUUCACAGCAUACCUUUAAGCCCAACGAAAUGGCCGCAUAUUUCGAGCCUUCUCCUGCUUUUCAAAAUCUUUCUCAUCCUCCCUGGAAGCAGAUUAACGAGCUGCUUGUGGUGCAUGCCAGUCCCAAGCUAAUUGCCGCCUUUGAAUCUUUGUACUUGGAGUUAGGCAUUUACGCGUACUCGUCAUCCAUCCUUGACUGGCUUAAAUCCCUCUCGGCCAUCGGCGGCUCAAACCAACUGAUAUCCGAGGGCAUGCUGGAUCCAAGUCUCCAACAAAAGGUCCAAGAAGUUAUUGAGCAACUCGAGGAGAUGCUGAACAUUGAUGAUAUUCCUGAAGAUCAACUCUCAUCCAAGGUCAUCGCUUUGAGCAAAAUCCUGGUCGAAUACAAGGAAAAGGACGAUCACAAAGACUUUCUAUGCAUUGUAUUUGUCGAACGUCGGCAACACGUCCAACUGCUCUUCACUCUGUUGGAGCGUAAUGCCCAGCUGAAAGAUUUUAUCCGCCCCGGGGCCUUGACAGGCCUCAGCGGUGGUAACGAGACCGACUCGCUUGGCAUCAAGAUGGACGCAAAAACGCAAAACAAGAAUGUUGCAAAGUUCAGGACGGGUGAACACAAUUUGACGAUCGCAACGAAUGUGGCCGAGGAGGGUCUGGACUUCCCCUCAUGUAGGGUAGUCAUUCGAUUUGAUGAGAUUACAACAUCGAAAGGUUACAUUCAAUCUCGUGGUCGAGCUCGAGCGCCCAAUUCUGACUUCAUUGUCAUGCUUCCGACUGGUUCCGCGCCUAAAUAUUUGGCGUACAGUGGGAAAGAAGAGGAGCUCAAAGCCACACUCUACGACCGUCCAAAUGAUGAGCUCAUAGAAGACGGCGCAGUCGAAGCGACACCUCGAUUGACUUGCCGACUUACCAAUGGAAAUGAUUCGAUCUUAACCUACAGUGCUUCUCCAGCUCUUUUGAAUGGCGUUUGUCAACUGAUCCCGAAAGAUGAAUUUCUUCCAGUCCUUGUGCCGGAAUAUGAGGUCACGUGUUUGGGGGCUAGUUUCAAAUCUCGAGUCACGCUUCCCCCUAUGGCUGCUCUCCGACCUUCUCAGCGCACAUUUACAGGAAUCAAGAUGCCGACGAAAAAAGAAGCCAAGCGUUCGGCCGCCUUUGAAGCCUGCAAAGUCUUACGAGAGAUGGGUGUAUUGAACGAACAUUUCCUACCCCAUAGAGAAGAUAACACCGGUCAGGCUCGAGACGCGGACGGUAGAGAAAUCGAAACUACUGCACUAUCAGACCAUGUCGAAGCCAUCGUCCCGAACGUAUUCGGCGAUUUCCGCACCUCACCAGAAGUCUGGCUCCACAAACUAUCUUUCCCGGACGAUAGCCCCGCGGGAUUCUCGACAAUAGGUUUCCUUUGUGCUGAACGCAUAUGUAUCCCGGAGGGUUUGCACUUGUAUGAUCAUUACCAGGCUAGCAGAGCUCUGUCGGUCAAAGUUGAACAGAGUCACAGGAUGACAUGGAGCAGGGAAAAUUUACCUAUCAACCUGCAAAGAUUGGAGACCUUCACUCGAUUGGUGAUACAAGUCGCCGUAAAUCGCAAGGCAUACGAAGGAAGACUGUUCUUCCUGGUCGCACCUCUCCUAAAGGAUGCAUGCAAGAUAGAUUGGGAUCUGGUGGACACUCCACUGAUUCCACUCUCCAGUUGGAAGGACAGCUUACGUUACCAAAGUAUCAUAGUCCCCAUGCCGCAUCUCCAUUCCAGAAUAUUCGACACCUGCGAAGCGUCUGACGACCUAUCUCAUGCCUCCGAGCCUCAUCUCAUUCCUGCUAGCCACGACAUGCAGGACUUUCGUAAGAAACUCUCGAAGUUUCGCAACCUCGGUCACUUUUACGCAGUUGUUUACGAUCAGAAGCAAGAACAAUUUAAAGGCAAACUGGUCUAUCUCCAAAGUACCUUCCAGGUCUUGGAUAAUCUGUCAAAGUUCGAAUCAACAUCGGCACUGUCUUACCGGCUCUUGUUGCCGUUGAAACUUUGUAAAGGAACGCCUAUCCCUCGGUCGCUUUGGAAAGUGUUGAGCUACCUGCCCUCCUUGACGCGUCUUUUGCAUGAUGCACUUCAGGCGACAGCUCUAUUCAAGCGAUUGGAUUUUCCUGCAGUCUCGCUUCCACUUGGAAUCAAAGCACUUACACCGCCUGGUGUCGGGGUUCCUUGGGACUACCAAACCCUUGAGACGUUUGGAGAUGCGUUCCUUAAGCUGGCCACCACGGUUCACGUAUAUCUUAAACACCUCAAGAAAGACGAAGGUGACAUGAGUCAUGUGCGCGCCAAUUCUAUCGGCAACGCCUACUUACGCCGGAAAGCUAUUCAGGCCGGUUUGCCCGGCUCUAUCCUCAGUCAACGCUUCCGCACAGAUAAAUUCAGAGAUGCUCAAACAGAAGAAGGCAAAGAGCUCGCCAACGGGAGUUUCUCCAGGAAGAUCCCUAAACGGGUCUUGUCCGAUGUCGUUGAGGCACUCCUGGGUGCUGGGUUCCUUGCUGGCGGGGUUGAACUUGGGCUGAAAAUCGGAACAGCCUUCGACCUUUGCUUCGGGGGCACUUCCCCUUGGAGCCAGCGAGCGUGUGAUAAUAGUUUUGAAGAGGGUGCCCACGAGAAGCUCCAUCCAUCCCUCCUCCUCCACUUCGAACGACUCGAGCGGAAGAUCAACUACGUCUUCAAAGAAAAAUUAUUGCUAGUUCAAGCCUUGACUCACCGUAGCGCGAACUCAUUCUUGACAAACUGCUACGAGAGGGAGGAGUGGCUUGGAGAUGCGGUAAUCGAUAUGUGGAUAGUCGAGCAUGCCUACAAGCGUUUCGAUAACGCCACCGCGGACGAAUUGAGUCAAGCCCGAGCCAAGUUGUGUUGUAAUGGUAGCCUGGGUUUCUUGGCAAUAAAAAAGCUAGGUCUACACGAGUUCAUCAUGCACAAGUCCGAUAGUUUCCGUGACGCGUGCGCGGAGGCCAUCAAAGCCGUUGAGCCAUUCACGAAGAUCUCGGAGUUCUUUUCAGAUAUCAACAACCUUUUCGUGGUCUUUGAACCGCCUAAGAUCUUGAAUGACGCAUUGGAAGCUGUCGUUGGCGCGGUGUUCAUCGAUAGCGGCUUUAACCUCCAAACGGCCUAUCGAACCCUGACUGUUAUAUUUGAAGAUGUCACCCCAGGAUUGUCUCGACUCGAUGCUAGAGAUCCCGUAUCCAGGCUGGUGAGACUGCGUGACCAGUAUCAAUGCACUGAACUCCACAAAACAACAACUGAAAUAAGCGAGCCUAAUCCCAAAGGAGAGGGCAAAGACCCGGUUUCAGUCAAAGUCUGCCGGAUCCGCUUCCAUGGCCGAGAUAUUGCAAGUGGCCGACACCAGUUUUCGACAAGUUUGGCCGAGCAGAGAGCUUCACUUGAAGCAAUCAAAGUCUUAGAGCAAGGUCUUCAAUCGUCUGAUGGCGCAACUCCAGAUCAUCUUUGGUCCAAAUGUCAAUGCAUGGCGCUAGUCACUGCCUCAGCAGCAAAUACAACCAGCUCGAAUAAAGAAAAGAAAAAAACCAACGAGAAAGAGAGUACAGUUUUUGAGGCCCAAAAUGACAAGCAAAAUCGUUUGUCUGACUACGAGACAGAAGAGGAACCGAUGGAAAUGGAAUGUGGGACCGGAGGCUGUCAAGAACCCAUCUUAAGGCCUUUGUGCAAAAGGAGAAAAAUGCACCUAUGA